AAACGUUCAGGACACCAGGCACCAUAUAUACUUGAUAGAUACCAUAUGUAUUAUAUGCACAUAUCUUCUCUCUCUUUCUCUCUUUUUCUCUUUCUCUCACGCUCUGAAUCUCCCAAGACAACAAUGCCAACAGGUGGAUCUGACCAUCCUGCAUCACUGAUGAGCAAGCAAGACACGGCCACCUUUUCCGACAAGAUACCGUCGAGCAAACGAAGGUUAUCUUCUCAGGCACCAGCUUGUCCUUCCUUUAGAAUCUACUACUACGACGGAGCCGCCGGUUCCAUCCCAUUCGAAUGGGAAUCCCAUCCCGGCACUCCCAAGCACAAGCACCCCUCCUCCGAGCUACCUCCGCUGCCUCUAACCCCUCCGCCGUGUCAUUUGUCCUUCUCCAGCGAACAAAUCCGUGGUAGUUCAAGAAAACCCAUCAAGAAAAUCCUGGCACUAAUCCAUACCAGACUCUUGUGGUUAUCAUCAAGUGGUCACAAGAAGAAUAACAAGGUCAUGAAACUGUCGGCUUCUUCACCGUCUCUGUCGGAGAGGGUGCUGAUGGAUGAGAAUGAGUACCAUCUGUUCAAGUGUCAGACAAAAGGGAAGGUCAUUAGAAGAUUUUCAUCCUUUGACUCUUCUAUUGAUCACUACCCCAUUCGUAGAUCACAAUCCCCCUCUUGCUUCGGAAUCCGCGGAUGUUUCAUCUGGUAAUAAUAUAGAUGGGUUUCAGCAUAGAAUCUGGAAAAUAAAACUUGAAAAUUCUUAUAAAUUGUGUGUUUCCAUAAUAUAUUUGUAAUCCCCAUCGUCUUAUUAUAUUUUAAUCAACCAUGUCAGUAAUAAGAUAAAGCUCCAGGUAGUAUCA